CAUUUGCUUGCGUGCAUGACAUCCAAAGGCAAAGGAAAGCGCCAGAUUGUGCAGGCUGAACCAUUCUCUGUUGAUCAGGACAAAGCAAGACUGACAGUACAGGCAAACCACUACUACAGUAGGAGAUAGUCCUAACUCAGGAGAUACUCCAGAGCAGGGAACGUCCGAGUAAAGUCUGGCCAGAAGCUCAGCCGACGUCCGGUCGUUCUGCUUCCAUCUGCAUAGGAAGCCCAGUUCAAGCUGCAACAAAGAUCGAGCGCUGUGUCCCAGCUCUGUCUUGGAUUCAUUGUCACAAUUUGAUUGUACCUGUUGGUGACGAGUUGCAAACAAGAUCACGCGGGGCAUUGAGAUGCAGCCAUCUGUUAUUUGAGCUGGGCUGGUUGAUCAGCAUUUGUGGAAAAUUACGGGCUGCUUUUGAUCAGAUCCACUUGUAGGUUUGGUUGUCCUUUCCUGGUGUGAAUAUUAGGGGCUUGUUAAAAAUUAUCCGUCGUUGAAGUCGCAGUCAUUGAAGACAAUGCCGCAGAUCUCACCUGACUUUACCCCAGCCGCAUCCCUUGCUGGAGGCGUGCUUAUAGGUGCUGCGGCAACAUUGUAUCUUGCCUGUAGUGGGAGGCUCAGCGGCCUUUCGAGUAUCAUUAGAGGAACCCUACUGAAGAGUCAGGGCUUCCGAUGGAAGAGCACCUUUUUAGGAGGUCUGGGUUGCGGCGCCAUCGUUUGGGAAGCGAUUCAGCCAACCGUCUAUGGCCCGGUGAUUGAAGCAAGCCCGUCUGCAAGUACUGCUGUCCCGGCUCUUGCGGGGACACUGGUUGGCUUCGGCACCAUGCUGGCGAAUGGUUGCACAAGUGGUCAUGGAGUCUGUGGACUUCCGAGACUCUCGAAGCGGUCGUUUGCAGCCGUCGGAACAUUCAUGGCAACAGGAGUCGCAACAGCAGUCGCUGCAAGCAAGACAAACAGUUUUGGUCUAUCCGGCUUGAUGCGUACCAGCACACAGCGCUUACCAAUCAUCUCAGUUGUUUAUGCUGCAGCGAUGCUGGCACUUCCAGCUUGGGCCCUGUUGAAGUCCUUGAGAGCCCCAAGCGUCAGCACCGCUGAUACCAAUGCUCCGGAGUCUUCCAAGGAACCCUUGGUGAAGCCUGCGCCUCCUCCAGCAACAGAGGAGGACACCUUUGCAAGCCUUCUGGCGGCCCUUGCGUCAGGGCUCGUCUUUUCGGCUGGCCUGGGACUGAGUGGCAUGACUAAUCCUGCCAAGGUGACUGGCUUCCUGAACGUGGCAGGCGACUGGGAUCCCAGUUUGGCCUUUGUGAUGGCAGGAGCCGUUUGCUUAAACGUGGUGUCGUUCAACUUGAUUUACAAAUGGAAGCGCCCGCUGCUUCGCAGCAAGUUCGAGCCGGUUACAAACACAACGAUCGACAUGAAGCUACUUGUCGGAUCCGCCCUUUUUGGAGUCGGUUGGGGCCUAGGUGGCAUUUGCCCGGGGCCAGGGUUCAUGGGAUUGGCAACCGGGAAGGCGCAAUUUGUCACCUGGCAGAUGGCCUCACUUGUGGGCUCCUGCUUGGCUACACAUCUGACGAGUAGUUGAUCGGGAUAGUCUUUGUUCAUCCGUGUUGUAAAGGGCUCAAUGGAUUAAUUAUAUGAUAGGAGGGCUUGGUCUCCAGGUUGCGCCAGGGACUGUAUGCAUGCAAAAGUCUACCUUAUUUGACGCCAUGUCCUCGGCUGAGUGUUACCAACUCUUACAAUAGCUAUAGCACCCUGCAUGAUUGCUAAAUUAGCAAACCAACGUCGAAACGAAGCUGGCUGACUUUUACGGAUAGCCCUUUGUGUACGUUCAUCUGUGCCCUCGCUUGUGAACGAAUCGUGGACAUCACAAGGUUGCGAGCUGCCCG